AUGGAAAUCGACAAGGAGGUGAGGAUUCGACAACUGGAGCUAGAUGCUGGCUCCAGUGCGACUCCAAAAGCUGCUCAUCAUCAAGCCCACUUUGAUCAUAACCCCCACUCUUCCUCUGCCUUUCCCCUUCCUCGUCAGGGUUCAGCUGAUUCCUACACUAGUAGACCCUCGGAUUCCGACGUGUCCCUGGAGGACGACCCCGAGGCGUCUCGGCUUGAAGCCGAGCGCCAGGCCCAACUGCAGCUGGAGAGAGCCAAGUCGAAACCGGUAGCAUUUGCAGUGAAGACCAACGUGAGUUACUGUGGGGCUCUAGAUGGGGACUGUCCUGUCCAAGGUGCUGCUAUCAACUUUGAAACCAAAGACUUUCUACACAUAAAAGAGAAAUACAGCAAUGACUGGUGGAUCGGUCGGCUGGUGAAGGAGGGGGCGGACAUCACCUUCAUCCCCAGCCCGGUGAAACUGGAGGCCAUGCGGAUCAAACAGGAACAAAAACAGGCACAGAGGAAAGCAGCGAACACAUCGUCCAGCUGGAGGUCCACACCACCAUCUGCAGCCAAACAGAAGCAAAAGCAGACAGAGCAUCUCCCACCCUAUGAUGUUGUUCCCUCCAUGAGGCCGGUGGUGUUGGUGGGGCCCUCCCUGAAAGGCUAUGAGGUAACGGACAUGAUGCAGAAGGCCCUGUUUGACUUCCUGAAACACAGGUUUGAUGGGAGAAUCUCUAUCACACGGGUGACUGCUGAUCUGUCAUUAGCCAAAAGGUCUGUACUGAACAAGAAGGCCAUCAUGGAGAGGUCCAACACACGCUCCAGUCUAGCUGAGGUCCAGAGUGAGAUUGAGAGAAUUUUUGAGCUGGCUAAGACCCUACAGCUUGUAGUUCUGGAUGCAGACACCAUCAACCACCCAACACAACUCCUCAAAACAUCCCUGGCUCCUAUCAUCGUUUAUGUUAAGGUGUCCUCUCCAAAGGUUCUUCAGAGGCUCAUCAAAUCUCGGGGGAAAUCUCAAAGUAAACACCUCAACGUACAGAUGAUGGCAGGAGACAAACUAGCACAGUGUCCACCCGAGAUGUUUGAUGUGAUCCUGGAUGAGAACCAGCUGGAGGAUGCAUGUGAACACCUGGCAGAGUACCUGGACAUCUACUGGCGCGCCACUCACCUGCCCUGUUCCACCCCCCUCAACCCCCUAUUGGACCAGAGCGUGGUCACCCCGCCCUCUGCUAACUCCAGCCAACAGUUCUCAGAGACUCAAGAGUUAAUAGAAUGA